CUGCUUCCAUGCGCAGCUUUCUUGCAGCUCUGAGCUCCGCUCACCGUCUGCUGCUCCAGACUGCAGCCGGAGGGAUCAGCAUGUGUGCGGGGGUCAGCUCGGCAUGCACCGACUCCCCCGCAUUGUUUAGACUGCCUGCGGUGGCAGGAAGUGAGCCCGGCAAGUGUAACGAUCUGCUGUUCUCCUCGCCCCGGGAGAAAGCCCAGAGGCCGCACCAUGUCAUCUAUUUCCCGGGAGACGUGCAGAAUUACCGGGAUGUUAUGGCAAGCCACUCUGAAAAUUUCCGAUGGAAGCGGUGGAGUCUUGAAGAUAUUGCAACUAUCCUUUCCCGACGCUUCCCUUCCAGUUACAUAUGGAUUGUGAAACCUUCUCGCAUGCAUCUGCACAAAUUCAGCUGCUAUGACCAUUUUGUGGAAAGUAACCUGUUUGGUGCCCCAGAGCACAGUGUGGAACUGAGAGCUAUCAGACAACUUCAUUCCUUGCUCACGAAUGCCUUCACCGUGGCACAAAACCUUCUGAUGUCUCCGAAUAACAAGUAUGUUGUUAACAGUGACAAUGACCAUUCUGUGACCCCAAUGGGUUCUGCAUAUUCCACAAAUGGUUGCCAUUCAGGAGAAGACAAUGUUAAUCAUUGCUCCAAGGACUCUUCUCUCGGUUCGCCAUCUGUAAAGGAUUCUCUUUCCUUCACUGUGAUUGGAUUCAGCAAGGGAUGUGUUGUACUUAAUCAGUUUCUACAUGAACUGCAUGAAGCUAGAAAAGAUAAGGAACUCCAUAUAUUUGUAGGCAAUAUUGAAUCCAUGUAUUGGCUUGAUGGGGGGCAUUCUGGAGGCAGCAACACCUGGAUAACGUGUCCCGAUAUUAUGAAAGCAUUUGCUCAAAGGCGUAUUGCAGUGUAUACUCAUGUGACUCCUUACCAAGUUAGUGACUCCAUGCGGUCCUGGAUUGGAGAAGAGCACAGGAAAUUUGUAGAGCUUCUGAGAGGUUAUAAUGUUGUGGUCAAUAACCAGUUACAUUUCGCCUACGAGGCACCUUCUUUGGAUAACCAUUUCAGAGUUCAUGAAGUUUUCUAA